AUGCCUACACCUAUCAAGCUCUCGAGUCGAAAUGAUUACGAAAGUUUCCUUGAAAAGUUUGAUACCUUCUUGCUCGACUGUGACGGCGUUUUGUGGCACGGUAAUACCUUGCUUCCGGGGGUUAGAGAGGUUCUUGCAUUAUUAAGACAAAAAGGGAAGAGACUCAUAUUCGUUACCAACAACAGCGCAAAAUCUCGCGCAAGCUAUUCUUUAAAAUUUAAGAAAUUGAAUAUCGAAGUCAAUGAGAAUGAAAUAUUCUGCUCCGCUUACAUAGCAGCUUACUACCUUAAGAAUAUUCUUAAAUUUCCUAAAGAAAAGAAAAUUUAUGUUAUCGGCGAAUCAGGAAUCACAGAAGAACUGGAUCUUGAAGGAAUUCGUUCCUGUGGAUCAAGUGAGGAUGACGAUGGAAAAGACUUUGAUUUCAAUGACAUCCAUCCCGACCCAACGGUUGGGGCUGUUCUCUGUGGCCUUGAUACACGCAUAAACUAUAAAAAAAUUGCAAAGGCUUUUAACUAUCUGUAUUCAAAUCCGGAUUGUCUUUUCCUGCUAACCAACGAUGAUUCGACAAUUCCUUAUAAUGGAACGCUCUAUCCGGGUACGGGAUCUUUGGUGGCUCCUUUGAUUAAAUCAUUAAACAGAAAUCCAGAUGCUGUAAUGGGAAAACCGAAUAAACCGAUGAUGGAUUGCAUUACAAAUGAGUUUCAACUGGACGUUGAACGUACGUGCAUGAUCGGGGAUCGUUUGAACACUGACAUUCAAUUUGGAAUUAACGGUAAAUUAAAGACGUUGUUAGUGUUGACAGGAAUUUCCAAAGAACAUGAUAUUUUGAUUAAAAAUGCUCCUAUCGUUCCAGAUUAUUACCUUCCUAGUUUGGGAGACUUUUCUGAACUUUGCAAAUAG